ACAUCCCUCCUCACAAAGAAAGAAAAUUAACUGCAAACCCUCAUUUCUCUAUUUUGCAUGCUCUGCUUCUUAGAAACAGAGCAUAUAAUGGCUUCUCUAGCAUUCUCCUCUUCCUUCUUCUUCAUGCUCUUCCUCUCACUCUCUGCUUCAUCAUCAGAGGCAGGAUCUAUCGGAAUAAACUAUGGCAGGAUAGCCAACGACCUACCUCAACCGGAGAAGGUGGUGGAGCUUCUGAAGGCUCAGGGUCUCAACCGCGUGAAGCUCUACGACACCGACGCCACGGUCCUAACAGCACUAGCAAACUCAGACAUCAAGGUGGUGGUCGCCAUGCCCAACGAGCUUCUCUCCUCCGCCGCCGCUGACCAGUCCUUCACCGACGCAUGGGUCAAGGCCAACAUCUCCAGCUACCACCCCGCCACCCAAAUCGAAGCCAUCGCCGUCGGCAACGAAGUCUUCGUGGACCCCAAAAACACCACCAAGUUCCUCGUCGCCGCCAUGAAGAACGUGCACGCUUCACUCACCAAACAGGGCCUCGACUCCGCCAUCAAAAUCUCCUCUCCCGUCGCGCUCUCCGCGCUCCAAAACUCCUACCCUGCCUCCGCCGGUUCGUUCAAAACCGAACUUAUCGAACCGGUGAUCAAACCCAUGCUAGAUUUUCUCCGCCAAACGGGGUCCUACCUCAUGGUGAACGCGUAUCCGUUCUUCGCGUACGCCGCAAACGCCGAUCAGAUCUCUAUCGACUACGCUCUGUUCAAGGAGAAUCCCGGAGUUGUUGAUUCCGGUAAUGGGUUGAAAUACACCAACCUCUUCGACGCCCAGCUCGACGCCGUUUUCGCCGCCAUGUCGGCGCUGAAAUACGACGACGUUAAAGUCGCCGUGACGGAAACAGGGUGGCCUUCCUCCGGCGACUCCAACGAGGUCGGAGCAGGUCAGGAAAAUGCAGCGGCGUACAACGGAAACUUGGCCCGCCGCGUGCUUAGCGGCGCCGGAACCCCUCUGCGGCCGAAGGAAGCUCUCGACGUCUUCCUCUUCGCACUGUUCAACGAGAACCAGAAACCGGGACCUACAUCGGAGAGGAACUACGGGCUGUUCUACCCCAGUGAGAAGAAGGUGUACGACAUUCCGCUCACGGCGGCGGAAGUGAAUGGCACCGGCGUCGGGAAGGUUCAGGUUCCGGUGAGUGGUGAUGUUUCUCCAGCGGCUGGUGGUGGUGGAAGGACGUGGUGCGUGGCGAAUGGUGGUUACUCGGAGGAGAAGCUGCAGGCGGCGCUUGACUAUGCUUGCGGCGAGGGUGGGGCGGAUUGCAGUGCGAUUCAGCCGGGUGCCACGUGUUAUGAUCCUAACACGUUGGAGGCGCACGCUUCGUUUGCUUUCAACAGUUACUAUCAGAAGAAGGCACGUGGUACUGGCACGUGUGAUUUUGGUGGUGCUGCCUAUGUUGUUACUCAAGCUCCUAAGUAUGGGACAUGCGAAUUUCCUACGGGAUACUAAAUGGAUUGGACAGAGAUGGAGUGGGUUAGGUGGAGCAUUGAAUUUGAUUCAAUGAUUUGGUUGGGUUGGGUGCAAUUUUAGGUUUUUACUCUUUGUUUUUCUAUGUAGCACGCGGUUAGGGACAUGCGUUACUUGGACUAUAAUUCUUAUUAGUUUAAUUUUAGUAGUGUGGUUACAAUAAAUAUUCAUCAUUAGUUGGGAGGAUUAUAUCGGUUUCUUUGACUCAUUUGUUUGUAAUUAUCCCUAUUUAUUAUUUUUAUUGAAGAGUUAUAGAUUUCAUUUCUUAGA